UUUUAAAUAGUUGCACACGAGUGGAGCAGCUGAUUGGACUCGGAAAGAUAUUUUCUUUAAGUUUUGAUGUCGAAAGAGGAGAACACCGAAACAAUGGAGCCACAGACGAAACGCUGGAAAGGCUCCGUGUGCUGCGACACUGACUCCUGGACCGCUUACCCUGUCCUGUCAGACGAGCAGUCGCAAGACGUGGAGCUGAUCGAGGCGUUCGCUGCACCCAUCGUCAACAAGAAGGAGACCUCUCGACUCAUCCGGGAGCUGAGCAGCCUCUACCCGCUGAACGGCCUCCAGCACAUCAAGAGGGUCCGAGCAGUCAAGGAGAAGGGCAGCGCUCAUCCUCUGGAGGUCCUGGUGUGCCUCGUCAGUGAAGCGCCACACGUCGACUCUCUGCUCCCCGCGGAUGGAGUUGGACGUGACGGGUUGGGUGAGCCUUUUGUGGUUAAGGUCCCUGCACGCCCGCCCUUGACCCGACCCCAGUUUGAGCUGGCGAGCAAACACUGGCCCACCUCCUUCCACGAGGACAAACAGGUGACGGUGGCCCUGAGAGGAGAACUCUUCAGCCCGCCUCAGAAAGCCAGGAUGCACACGUACAUGGCGGCAGCUCUGACGGCCGCAAAAGCGGGGAGCGAGUUGAGAAUGGAGGCGGUGGGCGCCGUGGUGGUCGACCCGGCGACGGAGACGAUCAUCGCAGUGGGACACGACUGCACCGGGGAGCACCCCCUUCAUCACGCAGUCAUGGUGUGUGUUGACCUGGUGGCUCGGAGCCAGGGGGGAGGAUGUUAUACUUUUGACAGAUACCCUGAUUGUAGAUUUACUUUGCCAUCCUCAGACAGUCAGAUCCUCCAAGGCUCCCAGCCGUACAUAUGCACUGGGUAUGACCUUUAUGUGACCCGGGAGCCUUGUGUGAUGUGCGCCAUGGCGCUGGUUCACUCCCGGAUAGGUCGAGUCUUCUAUGGGACCGCCUCUGCUGACGGGGCCUUCGGGAGCAAAUAUAAAAUCCACUCGCAGAAAGAUUUGAACCAUCGAUUUGAGGUUUUCAGAGGAGUUCUGGAAAAGGACUGUGAGGAUCUUAACGGUGUGGGCAUCAAAAGAGGAAGUUAAACUUUCGCUUUAAAGUAGAUAAUUAAUGUGCUGAGUUUUAUUAGUGGGCCUGGAGCUGGAGAUUUGAGUUAUCAUGGGUGUAAUUACAGACAUAAACCAAUGUUUUACUCAAGUUUUUUUUUUUUAAAUAAAGUUUUUAAUCAUUUAUUCAUUCGUUUUUUAGCCUGACUUUGUGAACAUUAGUGAGAUAAAAGUUCAAAUUUAGUGGCAAUAACAGUAAUUUUCUCUUAUAAGCCCUUUUUAAAAUUUAUUUAUAUUAAAUCAUUAUGCAAAAUUGAUGGCAGCCCAUUUCCGCCAAUGGGAUGAUGGGAAAAAAAUUAUAAAAAACCUCCUCAAUAUAAUGACUGUGUUCCAAAUCGCAUAUUUUCUCUUUUUACUCAGUACAAAGUAGCCAGAAAAGCAUGCUGACUUUAGGAUAUCCUGGUAUUUUUUUGGCUUACUAAAUAGUAUAGUAAUAUGGGUAUUAGGAGCUUGUAUGUCAAAACAAUAAGUUAAUAUCUAAAAACUAGUCACGUGGUGUCUCAAAAAUAAUGACAAAACUCUCAAAAUAAUGCUAUUUCUCAGAUCUCUAAUAAUGAUGAUAAUGAUUUUGAUUAUUAAGAAAGCCAUGGAAAAUGUCUAGAUAUCAGCUCUGAAAUUAAACUCUUAUGAGCUAUUUUUUUUUGUUAUCAUUAUAUUUGUCCAAACAAAUGUACCUUUAGUUGCACCAGGCAUUAAAAUGAACAAGAAAUUCAAGAAAACAAGGAUGGUCUAAUCUUUUUUUCCAUGACUGUAUGUACAGUAUUCAAUUGAAUAUAUAUUUCAGAAAUGAAUAGCAAAUUAUCACAUUCUGUGUUAUUUCCAUUUUAGAAAAUGUCCCACACUUUGUGAAUCAAGGUUGAACUAGUGAAGAUCAAAGUAAAGUGUGAUAAUCUGAGAAAAUCUUCACACUACCUGACUUUUCAUUUGUGUAAAAAAACUGAACACAAACGACUCAGUACAUGUCUGAUAUUCCAUCAGAAGCACGAGUGAGGAGGAAACACUU